AUGGAAUUGUUUGUGCUCAUCGAACUUGGAUACCACUGGUUAAACGAUGCUCUUCAGGAUUAUAUCGCCUCUGCGUACGAAUGUACUUUUGUAAAGCAUACAGACGAACUACCUACGGAAGAACAUUUGCUUCUUAUCUUUUCUCAUACGCAGCCAGAGAAGCCUAUGGUGAUACCGACUAAUUCAAAAGCUCUAUUUAGCAUGUAUCCAUUGACAGAUGCUUUAACCCGUAAAGACUACGAAGCUCUCGCAGAGUCAGACUCUUAUGACCUUUGCACGUCAUUAUCACACAACACUGGACUUAUGCCGAAAGAUCGGCAAGAGAGCUUUGAAUCCGUUGAGGACGAUGACGACGAAGUGUCAGAAGAUGGAAAGGCUAGGUUUUCUAACCACGCACUGGCAAGCGGAGCAGUACCCUCAUCCUGUCUGCGACAUUUCAUCGCACAGCGGUAUAUAAGUAAUAUUCCCCGAUUGGACAACAGGAAGUUUCAUAUACGAGCUUACGUUCUUGCCGUUGGUCGAUUGCAACUCUAUCUUUACCAAGAACUGCUGGUCAUUUCAGCAUCAGAGCCUUAUUGCCCUCCCUGGGAAUCUAUGAGCGGAGGAUCAGCACUUACCAAUACACAUUUACAGGGCACUGUUUGCUCAGAAUCAGCGAGACGAGAUUUCUGGACAUUACCUGAUGAUCUCUUCGGACAGGACGGGUCAUGGAAAGACCGAGCUUACAUCCGUAUCCAACAAAUUGCUGGAGAAUGUUUCUUGGCAGCAGCGACUAUGAAUACUAAUAUUGCUCUCCAUCCUGACUGCUUCGAGAUCUUCGCUCUGGACUUUCUGAUAGAUCAAGACGAGCAUGUAUGGUUGAUGGAAGUUAACUCAGGACCAGGACUAUCAGCUGAAGGGAUUGGUUCCCGAAUUGCGAAGGGUUUUUUCAAGGCAACAGCCGAUGUCCUAUUACAGAGUGAGCUCGGUUUGCGGCCACGAUACAGCAAUGAGGAGUCUAUGGAAAAGGUUCUUGACGUAGCGCUUCCACAUCAAAGGUUUGCCCCACUGAAGGAAAUUUAG